UUUUAUUGGAAAUGUCUCAUCAAGCAGGAAUCAAAGCUUGUGAUGAUUUAAAGUCUUUCUUUGCCUGCUCAAAGGAUGGCAAUGUCAGGCUAAUCCAGAUAGCUAUCCAGGAAGAGCAGUUGGUGCUUGAGUCCAGUUUUGAGCCAAAAGGAACCUGGCAGGAUGAUUGGGAUUCUCUGGUCCUGCCUCUGUUAAAGAAGGACCACCCAACGUACAUCAUGUUUCGCUUGGAUGAGCAAACAUCAUCAGGGUACCAAUGGAUCUUCAUCAGUUACUCACCUGAUCAUUCUCCUGUUCGACAGAAGAUGUUAUAUGCUGCUACAAAGGCAACUCUGAGGAAUGAAUUUGGAUCAUCACAAAUCAAAGAUGAACUUUUUGGAACUGUGCCUCAUGAUGUGAACCUGGCUGGUUACAAGAAGCACGUCAUAUCUGAACAUGCCCCCAAACCACUGACCUUUGCUGAGGAAGAGUUGGAGUUGAUCAAGAAGAAUGAGGUGAAUGCUGACAUAAGUGUCGACUCGAAGCAUCAGACUGUCCAAGGUGUUGCCUUCCCAUUAUCCAAUGAUGCCAUCAAACAGUUGAACAGGCUCAAGAACCAUGAGAUUAAUUAUGUUCAGCUGAGUUUAGACCUAGAUAAAGAGAUUAUCAAUGUGGAGAAAUCAGACAAUGUUGACGUGGCUCAGAUAGUCAGGUUGACGCCAUCCGACCAUGCCAGAUACCACUUGUACCUCUUCAAGCAUACGCAUGAAGGAGACCAACAAAUCGCCUGUGUUUUCCUGUACACGAUGCCUGGUUACAACUGCUCCAUCAAGGAGAGGAUGUUGUACUCAACAUGUCAAAGACCAUUGGUCGAUCGUAUAGAACGUGAUCUUUCCAUAGAGAUACAUCGCAAAUUGGAAGUCGACGACGCAAAAGAGAUAACAGCAGACUUUUUGCACAAUGAAGUUCAUCCGCCUAAGAACAUUGUGAAGAAGCAGUUUGAAAAACCGAAGGGUCCUGCUGGCCGAGGUCCAAAAAGGAUCACCAAAAAUGCUGAGAAUGAAUAAUUUCAUCCAUCCGAAGUUUUAGUCCUAGUUUAUUUUUUUAUACAUUUUUUUAAUUUUAAUUUGCUCAUUUAUUUUAGGUCAUAAUUUGUUGCAUCUAAAAUGGGAAGCAUUUCAAUAAUAGAAAUUCGAAAUGUGCUAAAAUAUUUACUUUAGGUUAAAUAAGUCGUUUUCCGUUUGUGGUGUGGUGUGUGUGUGUGUGUGUGUGUGUGUGUGUGUGUGUGUGUGUGUGUGUGUGUGUGUGUGUGUGUGUGUGUGUGUGUGUGUGUUAUGUUUUUGAUGAGUAAACGAUGAGUGAUUGCUACAUAGGCUCAACAUAUUUUUUUUAAUUAUGACUUUUAGAAUAAAUUUGGCUAGAUCAUUUUCUUAUGAGCAGAACAGUUUAUUAAAUACACGUUCAUUCCACCACGCUAUGGAAAUUUUAGAUCAGCUCGGAAUUUAUUUUUCUUAUUAGAGUGUAGCUGUAACAGAUUAACAGACUCAAUUGUCUUUUUGCUUAAAUAAUUGAAUAUGCAAAAAUUAAAAUCCUGUU